AUGCCCCACACGGCAGAGACGGUGGCAGGGAGAGGCCAACUGCCCUGGGAGCCCCGCUGUCAGCAGCCCCUGCCUGACGGAGCACACGUCACCACACUGCUGCCCCCACGCCUCGAUGGGCCCUGGGUCUCCACUGGCUGCGAGGUGCGCCCAGGACCCGAGUUCCUCACCCGCUCCUACACCUUCCACCCCAACCGCCUCUUUCACGCCUACCAGUUCUACUACGAGGACCCCUCCUGCCAGAAGCCUGCGCACUCUGUGCUCAUGAAGGGCAAGGUGCGGCUGCGCCGGGCCUCUUGGGUCACCCGAGGCGCCACCGAGGCCGACUACCACCUGCACAAGGUGGGUAUAGUCUUCCAUAGCCGCGGCGCGCUGCUUGCCGUCGCCGAGCGCCUCGGCCUGAGCCAGGCCAGUCAGGACUGCGCCCGACGGCUGCCCCCGGCCGGUGCCUGGCUGCCCGGAGCAGUGUAUGAGCUGCUGGGUGCCCAGGCUGAGCAGGACUGCGCCGCGGCGCUGGGCUUCACCAUGCACGAGCUCAGCCUGGUCCGCGUGCAGCGCCACCUCCAGCCGCAGCCCCGUGCCCCGUCUCGCCUGGUAGAGGAGCUGUACCUGGGGGACAUCCACACUGACCCCGCGGAGAGACGGCACUACCGACCCACCGGCUACCAGCGCCCACUGCAGAGCGCCCUGCACCAUUCUCACCCCUGCCUGGUCUGUGGCCUCGUGUCCCAUGCUGAUGAGCACCACCCACCCGUCUUGCCCCCUCCGGUGGCUCUGGCCCUGCGCCUGCAAGGCCGCUGGGUCAGCUCUGGCUGCGAGGCACGGCCUGCUGUGCUCUUCCUCACCAGACUCUUCACCUUCCAUGGGCACAACCGCUCCUGGGAGGGCCACUACCACCACUUCUCAGACCCAGCCUGCCAGCAGCCCACCUUCACCGUGUAUGCCACCGGCCGCUACACUAAUGGCACGCCAUCCGCCAAGGUCCGUGGAGGCACUGAGCUUGUGUUCGAGGUGACACGGGCCCAUGUGACCCCCAUGGACCAGGUCAUCACGGCCAUGCUCAACUUCUCGAAGCCGGGCAGCUGUGGGGGGCCGGGAGCCUGGUCCAUGGGGACGGAACGGGAUGUCACAGCCACCAACGGGUGUAUGCCACUGGGCAUCAGGCUUCCCCAUGUGGAAUAUGAGCUUUUCAAGAUGGAGCAAGACCCCCGUGGCCAAAGCCUUCUCUUCAUUGGACAACGGCCCACCGACGGGUCAAGUCCUGAUACCCCCGAGAAGCGUCCCACAUCAUUCCAAGCCCCCCUGGUCCUGUGUGAUGAGAUGGCCCAGGACUUCCCGAUACUCCUGCCUCACAGGCCUCUGCUGGGAAAACCCCCCAGCGGAGGGGGUCCACGUCCUCCUGUAGCCCCUCUCCCCUUUCUGCUCCUUGUUCUAGGGUUGGCCUUCCUUGGGUAG